GGAACUGUCAAAGAGUCGACAUGUUUUCAAUUUUCUUUUAAAAAAAGGUUCAAUGCAAAAAUUUAUGAAUUAGUUUAUUGAAUUGAUCCGUUUAGUUUUCGUUUGUGUCAUACGAAAAGUGUGUGGUCCAUUCAGUGAACCGCCUGAAGUAUGGCCGAAUCCACCAGACAAUUUUCCAUUGUCGAAUAUUAUGGGGAACAAAGGAAAAAUAGAUGUGGAUAUUGUAAACAAAGUGAUUCGUGCUAUUCUCAUGGAAUGCAGGCCCAUUGUUUGACGAAUCAAGACUAUCAAGAUUUGAUCGAUCGAGGCUGGAGACGAUCUGGAACUUAUUGCUACAAGCCGAAAAAUGAUGAAACCUGUUGUCCUUGCUAUACGAUCAAAUGCGACAUUUCAUCGUUCUCCUUGUCCAAAUCGCAGAAGAAAAUUAUCAAAAAAUUCAACAAGUUCCUGAUCGACGGACAUAGAGACAAGAGUGAUGAGACCGUCACAUCACCAAAUCAAACGGAGCAACAUGCACCAAUGGAUUACAACAGUUCGUUCGUGGAACCAAAUCGUUCGGAAAUUGAAUUCGAUGUGGACAAGGCCAAGGACAUUGUGUUACAGACAAUGAAAGAGAAAGGAGCUCAAGGCUGUAACUCUGAAAUGGUACAGAAGAAUGCGGUUGUUGUUCCUAGCUGUUCGGAGAAUUAUAUUUCUGGCAGUAAAUCUAACGAAAAUGGAAAUGCGACCACGAAAGAUACGAGCCGUAAGUCAAGCGUUUCUGGUCCAGAUGCUAGUAAACCGUUAAAGAAGAAAGCCAAACUGAUGAGAAUGGAGCGGAAGGCUCAGAAGUUGGCCUCGACAAACCAGUUGCCCGAUCAUGUUCCGAAAAAGGAGGCUAAGAACGUUCAGAAGACCUUGGCUAUGUUACUGAAUGAGGUGCCCGAAAAUUGUCGUCAUAAGCUUGAGGUGAAACUGUUAGCCGUUGCUGGAAAUCAGCGGAAACUGUCUGCCGAAGAGUUGUCUCUGUACAAACGUUAUCAGACUGUUAUUCAUAACGAUGACGAGCCUAGCGCUAGCGAGUUUGAGGAUUUUUUAAUAAGUUCUCCGUUGGAGCCAGAGCAAUCGUCCAUUUGUACCACCGUCGUAUUCGGAUCAUAUCAUCAACAGUAUUGGUUGGAUGGUAAAUUGAUUGCCGUUGGUGUUAUAGACAUUUUACCAUCGUGCGUCAGUUCGGUGUACUUCUUCUACGAUCCAGACUACAGUUUUCUGUCGCUGGGAACCUACGGCUCGUUACGCGAAAUUCAUCUCACGCAACAGUUACAGCAACAAGUCAGUGCAAUCAAUUCCUACUACAUGGGAUUCUACAUUCAUUCGUGCCCGAAAAUGCGUUACAAAGGGAAACUGACCGGUUCAUAUUUGUUGUGUCCCGAAGCAUACACUUGGCAUUUACUUAAUGACGACGUAAUCGAACGGCUGAAUGCGCAUAAAUAUCAACGUUUAAAUGACGAUCGAUCCGUUCAAGACGUUAAUCGAUUCAGUGCGGCUAAUCUGGGUGGAAUAAUGGUUCUGUGCAAAGCGAGAGUCUUAAUGACGUUCAGUCAGUUUGCCGAGAAAUAUCCGAGAUCUGCUGAUAGCGAAGAGUUUUCGGAGUAUGGUCGAUUAGUUGGACGGUCAAUAGCAGCGAGAAUCGUUAUGUUGAUAUUUUAAUAUGCCUUAAGCUGGACUGAUACCAGAAUCAUGUUUGUUGUUCUUUCGUUCGCUGAAUAUAAUUUAUUGCAAGCAAGGCAGACGCUAAGAAGAUUUCUUCAGAUUGUCUAAUUAAAUGAAAUUAUGAAAUUGA